AUUAUUCUAAAAAUUUAUCAGGCCAUCGAAAGAAAAAUAGUGUAACAGAUGGCAAAGAAGUCUUUCAGCUAAAUAAAAGAAGCACAAUCAUUUCAAAAAGCAAAUCAAUUGUCACUUUCUUCUUCCUCACCUAUCAUCCCCAACCAAAACCAAAAAACACUUUCCUCUUUCUCUCAUUACGAACUCCCCCAAUCCAACGCCGUUUUAAAGUCCAGUGAGACGCAAUCUCUCCAACAUCAUCAAAUCCGUUUUGAAACCAGCGAUUACAGAGGAGAUGCAAGAUCCACGCAAUCAUGUUCCAUCUUCUCCCACCAUCUCCUCCGUCUCUUCCUCCGAUCUUGAUACUGAGUCUACAGGAUCCUUCUUCCAUGACAGAAGCAUCACGCUUGGAACGCUUAUAGGAUUUAGUUUCACUGCAACGAUGCCGAUGCCAUUCAGAGCUUCUUCUCACCGCCACGUGUCACCUUCCGUAGCAAUCUCACGAGCUUCCAGCUCCAAUGCAAGACGCCUCCACCAGAGGAAGCGUCCUCCUUCAUCGAAUUCCGCUGAGCCUGAGCGGCAUCGCCGCCGUAAAUGGUGGCGUUUUUGCCGAGACGACGAUGACGACGCCGGUAUCCACCGUGGUACCGGAGAUUCCAAGCGGUCGUCGCUCGGAGAGUAUCUAGAGGUGGAACGGAGGUUUGGAGACGAAGCGGUUUAUAACGCAGCGGAGGCGGCGGAGCUAGAGGGUGCGGUGGCGCGGUACCAAGAUCAGCAGCCGGUUAUGGGAGAGCGGGCAUUGUUCGCUGACGGGAGGGUUCUUCCUCCGGCUUCGGCUGAGAUGGUUACCGGAGAAGGUACGCCUGUGGCAACGGCGCUUUGUAGAUUCCCGGUUUCUUUAACCGGUAUAUGCAGCGGUGGCGGAGGAUAAUACACGGCGGCGUUAUGCGUGUCUUUGUUUUGAUUUUUUUGGUUGUAUUUAGAAUAUUUAAUGUUUGUAAUUCAGUUUUUAGAAUCGGAACCAUGGUUUUGUAGAAAUAUGGGAUGUAAUUGUAGUCAAGAGUAAUUAUUUGGGGAAUAAUGAUUGAUUAAGGAGAAAUGAAGUAAGAAAAAAAAAAAGCAUUGAGCUGAUGGCA